CGCGGGGACAGCGCGGGCUGUCCGCACCGCAUGGGCACGCGGGGUCUGCGGACAUCGCCACACGCCAGCCCCAAACCACUAGGACAGCCCGAGGAGGGCAGGCAGGCCGCGAGUCCCCAGCAGGACGCUCGGUGUGUGUGUCCCUGCAGCACGGCCAUGGGCUCUCCCACAGCCAGCCCGCAGCUGCUGUACCGCAGCACCCGCCUGCUGCGCACGGCCUUCCAGCACCUCCACCAGCAGCAGCAGCGAGCCGACGUCUUCUGCGAUGUGGUCCUGUGGGCUGAAGGCGAGUCAGUGGUGGCCCACUGCAGUGUUCUCUCCGUCUGCAGCCCCUUCUUCAUGGAGCAGCUGGGCCGGGAGCUGCCCCCCCAGGGUCGCAGGGUGGUGCUGGAGCUGGCGGGGCUGAAGAUCGGGGUGCUGCGCAAGCUGGUGCGCUUCUUCUACACUGCCGAGCUGGAGGUCACGCAGGAGGAGGUGCACGAGGUGCUGGCAGCCGCCCGCCGCCUCCGUGUCACCGAGCUCGAGUCACUGCAGCUCUGGGGAGGACGCCUGGUGAGACUGGGACCCCAGCGGCAGCUCGACCGCUCCUGCCUGCAUUCCGCUCAGGAAGCCUCCCCCGUGGUGGCAGCUGACACGGCUGAGCCUAGCAGUGCCAGCUCCGGGGUGUCCCCGCAGAGGCAGGCACGCUCUCCGGGGCACACACACCCCAGCCCCAUCGGGCGGAUGAGGCUGCGGAAGGUGGAGCGCUGGGGGUGCUGGGAGGUGGUGCGGGACGUGCAGCCCCCCCCUGUCCCUCCACCGGUACCGGUGGGGGAUGUGGGGGUGACACAAGCACAGCCCCCCCAGGAUGAGGAUGCACGGGAGCAGGUGGGCAAGUGCUCCCCAGCCCAGCAGCCCCCCGGUGCAAACGGGAUGCAGCAGCAGGGGGACUCCCCUGUGUCCCCGCAGGGCUGCCAGCAGGCAGCACCCCCAGGGACCCCGGGAAGUGACACCAAGGAAGAGGAGGUGGAUGUGGGGACUGGGGAGCUGUUCCUGCCCCCUGGCACAGUCUGCCUCUGGCCCAGCCCUUCAUCUGAGUCAGAAGAGGAGGUGGAUGUCCUGACCUAGGGGGGGCUGGCUCUGCCUCUCCCCCCACCAG